UGGUGCGCGGCGUUGAAACGGAGCAGACGUCACGGCAACGCGGUCGCGGUUAGCGGAGUUGAGAUCGCGCUCCCACGACACCUUCUCUCCGUCCGUUCGUCCGCCCGCCCGCCCGUUCGUCUGCUUGCUCGCUUGCUCGCUCGCUCGCUCGCUCUCUCGUCGCAGGCAUAGACAGAGACGAGUUGCGCGGGUGCGACUCCGCGAAGCUCAACGAGCGCGCCGUACCUCGGGCUCCGGUCGCGCUCGGAAUUUCGUUCCACCGAUGAGCGAGCGGCCGAGGCGCGAACGCGCUUCCACCGAGGGUGCCGCGCGGCCGUCGCGGCGAGACAGGCCGCGGCCCAGGCUUUAAAUUCAAAGACGGAGCGGAUAGAGGAAUGACGCUGGAGAAUCCGUUCUUUGUCGUCAAAGACGAGGUGUGCAAGGCGUUGAACAAGAAUCGCGGCUUGUACGGACGUUGGAGCGAGCUGCAGAAUGUCGCGAUCACAUCGCCGACCGGUGGUGUCCCGUUGAGCGGCUCGGCCACUGCGAUCUCACGUACGGAUGAGCUCGAUUGGACCACCACUGAGCUGCGAAAAGCACUUCGCUCCAUCGAGUGGGAUCUCGACGAUCUUGAAGACACUAUCUGUAUCGUUGAGAAAAACCCAACAAAAUUCAAGAUCGACAACAAAGAAUUGACCGUUCAACGGAGCUUCAUUGAACAGGCACGAGAAGAAGUUAAGAUCAUGAAGGACAAACUGAACUUAAGCAGAAGCCGAGAUCGCGACAGCACGGCCAGACAGCCUCUUUUGGAUAACAGUCCAGCAAGAGUGCCGGCCAAUCAUGGCACUACUAAAUACAGCAAAUUAGAAAAUGAAAUAGACAGUCCAAACAGACAGUUUCUUAGUGAUACAAUGCAGCAGCAAAAUGCUAUGAUAAGACAACAGGAUGAACAAUUAGAUAUGAUUGGAGAAACGGUUGGUACAUUAAAAACAGUAUCCAGACAAAUCAACAGUGAACUGGAUGAACAAGCUGUGAUGUUGGAUGAAUUUGGGAAUGAGUUAGAGACGACAGACUCCAAGUUGGAUGCUACCAUGAAAAAGAUGGCCAAGGUGCUGCACAUGAGUAAUGGUAACUAUAACAAUUACAUUCCCGCUCCUACUACCCCAGUGACAUCCAGUGUCACUGAUCUUGUCUCCGACAACAAACCCUCUUCUCUUUCCUCUUUGUCCACCACAAUUGCCAAUUGUUUUUUGUGUUCCAGUGAUUAAUUGUUGUAUUAAUUGUCCUGCGCCUUUAAAUAAUUCAAAUGUACCAGUAAAAAAUAUUGUAACUAUAUCAUAGAAUAUAUUUUCAUAUAAUUUCGAUGAUUUGAUUUGAAAAUAUAAAAUAAGUAUGUAAAAAUAUACAUACACACAUACAUAUAAAUAAUGCUUCUGAAAAAUCACAGUAUUUUUUAAUGGUGCCAUUGAAUAAUUCUUUAAUAAUUCAACUGUUCCUUAAAACAUUGUUUAGCUGCAGAGAAUGAUUAUUUAAAAUUUGAAAAGUACAUUUAAUUUCUAUAAAAAUUUAUAGCGCAAAGUUGUGUUUUAUGUAACAAGUACAAUUUAGAAAUGUUUAGAAAUUUAAAAGUCUUACAACAAUCUCUCAUUACAUUAGAAAAAUAUCAUUCUAAAUUUAAAAAAGCUAUUGUUGAAAAAAGAGAGGUGUACAUGGAGAUAGCCUAUAUAUAAUGUAUGUAAUAUAUUAUUGCAAAAUUAA